AUGGGCCUUUUUGAAAAAUUCAAGGCCAGCCCUCGGCGUAGUCGACGCAGUGUGACGCCUGCGACCGAGCCGCCAACGCCGCCCCACUCUGCCGGUCGCGAUGCGACUAGGAAGCUUCCCCGCACUGUGCUGGCUCACAUCCUCAGCUUUGUUUGCCCCCAUGUAUUGGAUAACUCCUAUGAUACCUCGGAAGAUUCCAUGACUGAUGGAUGCAUGCUCUGUGACAUGCGGGACCUCGCGCACUGCACCAUGGUAUGCAGGCGCUGGUUCCCCGAAGCACACGCGCUCUUGUAUACAAAUGUUCGAAUUGACCCCGUGCACUACUGCGAACUCGAAGUCCAACUAGCUGCCAAACGAAAACGCCGCUCCUUCUUCGACCGUAAUGGCGAUCCCAUCGAUGCGCCGCAGGUCCGUUUGGAGUUGUUUAUGCGCUCUGUUCGUGAAUCAAGACACUUAGGGAAAUUGGUCUUGUCUCUUCGAAUGCCCUAUAUGACACGCGAGGCCAAUAAAUCCAUCAUUGCCCGGACAAUCUCAGUGCUUCCCCAUCUUCGCUAUGUCGAUCUCCCGACCGGUCUGUUCAGUGACGAGACUUCAUGUAUCCCACUCAAGCAAGAGUUGAUUGCCUCCUGCAGCGAUCUUCGGCGCAUGAGUUAUCGACAUGGUGCGGAGGGUAGCUUUGCGCGACUUCCAGAAGCACCUCACUGGAUCAAUCUUGAGAAGCUAGAGCUGUCGGGCUUGCAUAUUGAGGCUGGAAUUCUCCGAAACAGCCUGGCAGCGUUUUCUAAACUUAGGGACCUGACAUUGGAAGAUCUCCCAUGGCUUGAUGACUCGGCAUUUGCAGCGAAUUCCUCUUUUGCUUCGUUCCCCGCCCUGGAACAGCUUACGAUUCGGGACACCCCACAGCUGACGGCUCGAGGAGUGGUCGAAUUCCUCUCCUCUCCAACCAAUCGCACUGCAUUGAAAAGUUUAACACUUGCAUCCACCGGCGUACUUCCAUCAACUCUCAACCUUAUUCUGCACGCCGGUCCAAAUCUCCGUAGCCUUUCAAUCAUUCAAGAAGUAUCUCGGUCAUUCCCCGCUGAGCAGAUCCCUCCGAUGGCAUCGCGAUCACUCCAACUUCUGCAUUAUGAAAUCACCUCACAGACAGAAACCCAUGGACUUGCUCCAGCUGCGAACUCCUACUACACAUAUUUGAUUUCAUGCCUCAUGUCCCGUUGCCUCCCAGCCCUUCGCGAUCUAUAUGUUCGCGACGCACAAUUCCCUGACACGUUACUCUUGGCACCCCCACCCAGACUAUUCGGUGGAGGUGAAAAUGGCCCUCAGAUGAUGGGCGGUCUCUCCCAGCCUUUGAACGUAUACAGCAAAGGCCUGGAUGAGCUUGAGUGGAAUUUCACCCCGUACGAACCAGAUUCCACACUGGGCCGUAGCGGUACUACCACACGCCCGGUGAGCUUCCAGGAGGCACAGUUGAGUCGGUCCUGGGGUGGUGAUUCGCGCAAGAGCGUUCUUGUCGGCAAUGGGUUUGGCGGGUUCCUGGCUGUGCCUGAAGAUGGCGAGCGACCGAUGAGUAGUAGUGGGAAUAAGCGAUCGAGUCGACAAGACUUGUGGCGGUGA